AUGAAAGACUUCAAUGAUUUUGUUCCAAAUCUUCCAAACCCUGAUUUAAGAGUCCUGCAUGAAUACGAGAAGCACAGGCAACGAAUCAGGAACAUAAUCAACAGCCAUUUGAAUCAACAAGUUUUACAAGCCGCUCCACCUCAAAGACAAGAAGUACCGCCUAAACAUCAAUGGAUGCCAGCUAAUCAGCAGCCUCCUGCCUUCCAUACUCGCGCAAAUAAUAAUCCAGCUCCGGCAAGACAAAACCAGCAACAGCAGGCAAGAAAUUACCGCCAACAAAAUCGAGUAUACCAUAACGAACCUAUCUAUAUAGAAUCAUCGUCUGAUGACGAAGAAGAACAAAAUGUUGAUCGAGGUCUUUUCGCUUUCGCUAAUUUUAUUCCAGAUUUUUUGUUACCUCGAUUUCAAGCUUUCAGGCAGUUCGAAAACCCUAUUAGAAUGAUGCAAACACCAGAACCACCAAAACCACCAAAACCAGCUCCACCACUUCCCAAGAGGACUUGUAGUGCGCUAGGAAUGGAAUUUACCAUCCCUAUAAUACCUGAGCAAGCAGUAAAACUAAUAGAAAACGCAUUAAAAUUAGCUCCUGAAAUGGAUUUCGCUAAAGCUUCCGCUUUUCUAAAUUUAGUCAUACAAACUAACAAAUAUCCAGACGAUAUAGUCGAUCGCCUUGUUUUAUCUGCAAAUGACCCUAGACAAGGAAUAUCUGCACAAUUUCAAAGCGAAUCCCUUAAUGUACUAUUUAAUUACUUCAAUAAUGUAUCACAGACUUCUCUCCGAAGCGCUUUUACUCAAAACAAGAAAAGAAUUUUUAAUACUAUCGAACAACUAACGAGUCAUCCACUACAAGUCAUGAGAUCAUUACGAGCGAAGAAAGGAUCGAUGGUUAUUACAGACUGCUUCGUUGCAUAUGACAUUAUGCUGUUCGAAAAGCGAGAAUUAGAGAAAAAAGCGAAAGAAGACGCAGAAGCCAAGGAAUUGCAAGAAAUAGAAGAAGCAAGAGCCAAUGGAUCCCUUAUAGAGUGCAGUUGUUGUUUCUGUGAAGUUCCUUUCGACAGAUGCCUUCAAUGUCCGGAAGGUCACGUUUUCUGCAAAAACUGUGUGAUGAAAAUGAUAGAAACAACAAUAUCAGAAGGCCGCAGCUCAGUAAAAUGCCCUGCAAUGGAUGGUUGUGGAUUAGAUAUCCCGAUGUCCCAACUAGAGCGGGCAAUUCCAGAAAAGACACUUCAGAGAUUAUUCCAGACCGAGGCCAUGAACGAUGUCAUCAAGAGUGGCCUUCCAAACCUCGUAAAAUGCGCUAAUUGCGGUUUUAUCGUAGAAUUUCUCGGAUCUAGCAACAUGAGAUGCCCGCAAUGCCAGAAAGAGACAUGUAGCAAGUGCGGGCUACUCGCACAUCCAGGUAAAACGUGCGAGGAAGCCAAAGCUGUCGAUCCAGAUAAAAUUGUCGAAGAGAAAAUGAACGACGCCAUCAUCAGAGUGUGUCCAAAGUGCCAUACGCCAUUCAUGAAGGACGAGGGAUGCAACAAAAUGGUCUGUCCCCGCUGUCAAACGUGGAUUUGCUACUGGUGCAGGCAGGUUAUACCUAAAAACGUUGGAUACGACCACUUCUGGCGCGAGGCAGGGCCGUGUCCUCCAGAUCGAUGCCCUCUCUGGGUCGAAAACAAACAACUCCACAUAAUUGAGGCGGCAAAGGCAAAAAUGGAUGCAAGCGAAAAGGCAACGAACGAAGGUAACUAA